GUUAAACUGAAAAAGCAUAUUCAGGAUCCAAGUGCUACAGAAUUAGUCCAUUUCCUGUUUGGACCACUGGAAAUGAUUGUUAACACCUGUGGAGGCCCUGAAUUUGCAAGGACUGUCAUCAGUCCACUUCUUGCAAAGGAUACCACAGAUUUCCUGAAAGGGCAUCUUACACCAAAGGAAAUGGCGUUGUGGGAGUCCUUAGGAGAGACUUGGACAAAGUCAAGAGCUGAAUGGCCAAGAGAUGCCAACAUCCCAAGAUAUAUUCCAAAGUUUCACAACGGAUGGGAGCCACCCCUGGAAAUCUUUCGUGGGGUUCCAUGGGAAAUCGAUAUUGGCCAUUUGCAAGAAGAGCUGUCAUCAUCCAAUGGGUGUUCCAAUCGCCACUUGAAGCCAAUCCAGACUUCAGACCAAAAGCAAGGGGCGCAUGCCAUUGCUCAGCAUGUUACUCAACAUGUAAAUAGGAAUUUUGAGGCACAGGGUAUGGCUCAGUCAAGGAGAUAUGCCAAAAUUCUUUAUGAUUUCACUGCUCGAAAUGCAACUGAACUGUCAGUGCUGAAAGAUGAAAUUCUUGAGGUGUUGGAAGAUAACAAACAAUGGUGGAAGCUGAGGAACCGAAGUGGACAGGCUGGUUAUGUUCCAUAUAAUAUUUUAGAUCUGGUGACUCUGGAGGAUUUUGCAGCAAUGGAGCAGAGUAAUCAGAAAUACCGAGACUUGAGUCCACGAGCAUCUGUAUCUUCCAGCCCAUCCCAUAAGUUACCUCCCGGCUAUGCUGGCGAGAAAUGGGGAAGUGAAAUGGCAGCCCACAGUUCUUCAGAAGCCAAAGGACAAUUGAUUCAUCACAUGGACGAGGUCAAUGAUGAACUGCUGAAAAAGAUCACAAAUAUCAAAAUCCAGCAACCUCAAAGGAAUUUUAGAGUAGAGAAGACACAGCAAGUUCACGUGCCCUUAACCUUUGAAUCCAAUGCUAUGGAAGUCAGAGUUUGGCUGGAAGCAAAUUCAUUCAACAAAGGAACCGUGGACCAUCUUGGUAUACUGACAGGAGCACAGCUUUUCUCCUUGAACAAAGAAGAAUUGAAAAAAGUAUGCGGAGAAGAAGGUGCCCGGGUAUUUAGCAAAAUCACAGUACAAAGGGCUAUCCUAGAGAAAAAUAGAGAGAAAUCAGAACUUGAGGAAAUCAUGGAGCGACGCCAAGAGAGGAUUGAUUCUUCUAUUUAAGUUAUUUUGAUUUAUUUCAACUUGUAGUCACAUAUAUUUACUUGUAGGAAAAAGGGAAAAAAGGAAAAAUAUAACAGAGUAUCUCUUCAAGUGAGACUGUUGGGACUAUCAAUGUACAUUGCUAUUCCGACCAACUGUUCCUUCAGCAAUAUUGACAAAGGGAACACUCAACUCCCUCAUUAAUUUGACAAAGCAUUGGGAAAGAAGCUGUGUUAUUGAAUGAAGUAUUAUAUUUUUAUAUUGCUAUAUUUUAUACAUGAUGUUACGUCUAUGAUUUCAGAGCAUGAGGAUGACCAUAUUUCUGCUCUAAGCAAAGGUUGGAUUGAAGCAAAACAACCCAAUCAAUCUACGCAGUACCUUUUCUCUGUGGCCCAUCAAUGCAUCCAGAACUGGCUGGAAAUACCGUUUGUUAUUAGCCAGCAAACCCAUGUGCUUUGAAGCCUACAUGCUUCCAAAUCUUCUGCUAGUUUUGUACAAAACUCAGUAAAACCUGUAUCUAGCAUGCAGUGGGGAAAUCUUUUGCAUCACCUUUGCUACAUAGAAAAACUUACCAUUAGCGGUCAAGAUCUUUACAUUUGCCUUCUUUUUUUCCUAAAAUUAUUCCCCCCCCCCCCCAAACUGCUUU